GGCUGUGGGCCUUGUGCAGCUGCCUGUCAACAAGAUGGCCUUCCUCUCCACGGAUGUUCUGAUUCCGAUUAUUUUGGUUGGUCAGAGAAUGUACCGUAAAGGCCAGCCUGUGUCAGUUCUAAAAAGGUAGCCAGAUGAACGAGGAAGAGUGUGAAACAGGCUCAGGAUCAGUACAGGUUGUGUACAAUCGAAAAACGGACAGUAGGCUUCGAUGUUAACAUUAGGUUAAUAUUAGAAAGUAAGUACUCUAUUCUGCAGAUAGCUAGCUACGUGGACACGUAACGCUAAAAGAUAACCCGAGUCACCUGUACCCCCAUCCUUGCUCAAUCGGAUUCCUCGGUCGGUUGUGGAGAGGAAAUCGGGCCUACGACGGGGUGACUUGCUAGUGCUGUCAUCCGCACUGUUGCAGGUCAAGAGCUUGCGGAUCUACAGCAUCUUGAUUCAGUAUUGGCUAGGUGACCAUGUUUUCCAAACACUCUGAUUGUAUGCCCUCUUCCUGUGACGGUGCCUGCUGGCUCGCACAGAGAGAAUGAGUGGUGUGGUGCACAGCAGAUGCCCAGCCUAGACGCCGCCGAUAUGCUUCCCUCCGGCCCGUGAUGGACCGAGACACCUUCUCCCACAUCCGACUGUGGUGCCCACGCCCCUUUGGCACCUACUCCCAGAACAAGCCCCGAAGCACGGGUACGGGGGGCAGUGGGGCAGCCCCCUCCCUCUGCAAGGCUGACACUGCGGGGCGCACGUCGCUGGAGGCUGGGGGAGGCGUGGACGGCCAGGAGGAGGAGGAGGAUGCAGGCUCCGAGAACACUCCCCCAGAUGCCGACCCGGCCUCGGCACCGCAGGCCCCCUCCACCCCUCCCGGCGCCACUCAGAUGGAGGAUGGGAGGGUGCUGCUGGACACCUGGUACGUCAUCAAGCCGGGCAACACCAAGGAGAAGAUUGCCUUCUUCGUGGCCCACCAGUUCAGUGGGGUGGGCCUGCCUCGACCCAGCGCCAUAAAGGUGAAAGGGAACUGGGCCACGGACUGCACUAAGGCCAAGCGCAGGCGCCGCUGCUCCUCCUAUGACCCCCCUGCCCGGGCCCAGGCCAACGUUAUUCCCGCCCCCCCGCCCCCAGAGCCCUCCACCCUAGAGGACGUCCCCGGUGUGAGUGAGACUGACCUGUUGUCCGUGGCGGAGAUGGUGGCCCUGGUGGAGCAGCGUACAGCCAUGGCCCUGCAGGGCAUGGUGGCCCAGGGACAGGCUGCCCCAGAAGACCCCGAGCACACACUCCUGCGGGGCACAGUCUCUGACCCCAGCCCCAUGGUGUUCCUGUCAGAGAGCCCUGACCCCUCGCAUGGUGCCCUGGAGGAGGAGGAGCAGCAGGAGUCCCGGCGUGUGGCUCAGGUCGUAGCCCACUUUGAGUCCCAACAUCAACUCCUGGAGAACACACUGAGGCCCGCGUCGGGCCUGGACUCUCCCAGGGAGAGGGAGCGGAGCGGGGACUCUGGCAGCGCUGGGCCCACCCACGGCCGAGGCGAAGUGAGGAUAGCCUUCCGGGUGUCCAGCCUGGAUCCCCGCUCGCAGUCGGAGCCCGCAGGCCGGCCCCGCUGCAUGUUCAUGAGCUGUGGGGGAGGAGGAGGGGGGCAGGCGAGGGCCCGGGCCAACGAGAAGAUCACCUGUGAUCUCUACCAGCUGGUCAGCCCCUCGUCACGUGACCCCAGCCUCCUGCUGGCCGGCUCUCCAAAAGCUGACCCCCAUGGGGAGGGCCAUACGGACCGGCCAGCCUCCAGCAGCCCGGACCCCAGCCAGGAGCUCGGCUCUGGGGAGAAGAAGCCUGUGGCCCGGGAGAGGGUGACUGGCUUCCACGUGGAGGUGGUGGUCACGGGUGCUGUGGACCAGUGUGUGUUCUAUGGCAAGGACAGCACAGAGAAUGUGCAAGAGGAGACGGUGUGUUUCGCCAUGCCCAGUGGGGUCAGCCCUGCCGACGGCUCAGAGGACCCCCCUCCAGGCCAGCUGUUCUUCCUGCAGCCCCAGAGAGGGUCUGACGAGGACAGUGGCACCGGCAGCAGCAGUGGAAUGUGCUCUCUGGACUGCGCCAAUAACAACAAUCCUGCUGGGGAUGCUGCUGACCGGCCGGAAUCCCCCCUGGCCGGUGUGGAGGACUGCUCGGACCCCUCCCUGUGCCGUCUCUACCGCCACGUCUCUCACGACUUCCUGGAGAUCCGCUUCCAGAUCCAGCGGCUGCUGGAGCCUCGUCAGUACAUGCUGCUACUGCCCGACCACAUCAUGGUCAACAUCUUCAGCUACCUGCCCACCCGCUCGCUGGCCGCCCUCAAGUGCACCUGCUACGACUUCAAGGUUCUGAUUGAGACGUACGGUGUGCCCGCCACCGACUCGCGCUGGAACCAGGACCCGCUGUACCGCGACGACCCCUGCAAGCAGUGCAAGCGGCAGUACGAACGGGGCGACGUGUCUCUCUGCCGCUGGCACCCCAAACCUUACCACCACGACCUGCCUUAUGGACGCUCCUAUUGGAUGUGCUGCCGGCGCACGGACAAGGACACACCAGGCUGCUGCGUGGGGCUGCAUGACAACAACUGGGUACUGCAGCCUUGCGAGCUGGUGCAGACCCGCGCUAAGAGGGAGGACGGGAGGUAAAGGGGCCCUUCCUGGGUCCCAGUACCCCUCUUACUCCCUCUAGACCCACUGCACCUGGUGGCACGCUACAGACCAGGGUUGGGGUCCUCUCCUGUGUUGUCAGCGCUCUCUCUGCUCGCCAUCACCUUGUUCUUAGCAGUCGACUAGCUCCCUACUCGGUUGUUAGUACAUGUGAAAACUGGACACCUGAUGAGUGGGCCCAUGUUGAUGGUAUGGUGCUCUGUGUGCUGCAUGAGGCCUGAUGCUCAACGUUUCUGCCUAUUGGUCAACUGACAGUCACGUCCUAGCCAUGCUGUCAGUACUGGAGCUGACCCCAACCUUACUGACCAGAGGCCCAGCCACUGAGGACUGGCUGGCUCACAGAGGGAGUCUGUGAAAGUUUUUAAAGGUCCAAUGCAGCUGUUUUUAUCUCAAUAUCAAAUCAUUUCUGGGUAACAGUUAAGUACCUUCCUGUGAUUGUGUUCAAUUAAAAUGGUCAAAAAGAAAAAAUAGCAUCUUGGCAAAGAGCAUUUUCUUAAGCAAGAAUUUUUGCUUGGACUGUCUGGGUCUGAUUGGGGAGGGGAAAACUGAGAGCUAGCUGUCUGUUGUUGGCAGAGGUUUAACUCUUUCUUAUUGGUCUAUUAACUAGUGAUGUCACCAGGUAGGCCAAAAAUCCAUCCCACCAAAACAGGCUGAAAUUUCAGGUGGUGUUUUCAAACAGCUCUUACACUAAAAGGGCUUUAACUCGCAUUUUCACAAUUGCACAGUAUAAUUCCAACCUCAGUGCGAAAAUGUAUAUAAAACACAGGAAAUCAUGUUUUUGACUGCACUGGGCCUUUAAUGAUUGAGACUUUUAACAGUGUGGGGGCAAGAGAAGGCAAAUUGUCAAUUUGCAAAGGUCUGGUGUCACUUUGUACAAUGGUUUUGACUGCUUGAUGUUUUAGUUUUUUGGUGUGGGAGCGAAUGUUUGCUGUUUUUUUGAGGACUAUGUUCUCCCUCCUGCCUCUAUUUUUUUGCCCCUCCCUCCCCACUAACCCCCAGUCCCAACUCCUUGCUAGUCGGCAGAGGGCAGUCUUUGCGUCAAUGCGGGUGAAAAGAAACAUUUACACCAGCUUCCAGCCUUAAUCCCACUGGUCCCACUCACACUCCCUAAAUCUGCAAAAUCUUGACAAAUACAGUAUAGAGAACUUUGUUCACUUGACCCCCCCCUGACCGGGUAUUGGGAGACCACUGUAGGUUUCAGAUGUACAAUGCUAAUGGGAAUAUGUGCUUCUCAAAUAAACAGAAAUGAUUAAAACUGGAA